AUGGUCAGGAGACCGAUUCCCAGAGUGAAACACAGAAGAACAAAACAAAGAUCGUCGGCCGGAGGACCGGCGGGAAGGCUCGGUACCGCCACCACACGAACCGCAGCGCUACGCAAAGCUCAGAGUGCCGACACUAAGCAAGCCCGGCCCAAAGCACGCCCCGCACCACAGCGCCGAAGCUGUGAGGGGCUCUUGCACCACGAACGCUUCAGAUACGGAGCGCUGCCGAUCAUGAAGAGAGGAAAGAAGCGGGGCGGGCGCCCCCUGCAGACAAACAGGCGCGAAGAGCAGCUCGGGCAGCUGCAGAAUGGAGUGGAGCGCCCGCCCAGCGGGAAUGGGAACGGCAGCGGCAGCCGCCGCUCCACUCAGCCGGGCGGCGGGGACAAACGCCAGUCCCUGCCGACAGCAGAGGCGAACAGCCGGCCCGCCCCUUCCGGCAACGGCUGCCCUGGCAACGGCUGCCGCUUCACCUCGGUGGCGAGCGAGGCUGAGGGGCUGCUGGGGCGUCUGGCCAUGGCCGAGCAUGGACCUUAUUUGCCACAUGAACCAGGCUAUGGACUAUAUCAGCCAGGCUACGGUCUAUUCGAUGAUCAAACACCAGAUCCUGACCACCGAAUGCUGGCGUGUCAGAAUGCAAAAGCCUAUUUGCUGCAGAGCAGCUUAACGUCUGGCCUGAACUUAUAUGAUCAUCUUGUUAAUGUGCUAACAAAAAUCCUGGAUGAACGGCCCGCAAAUCCAGUAGACAUAUUUGAGAACAUUAGCAAGGAUGUGAAGGCAGCUCAGUUUCAGAAAAAAAUGGAUACUCUUCGAGACGAACAUGAGAUUCUUCCAUCGUUUGAAUCUGCAGAAAUACGCAGAAACUUGUUCUUCAAGUCAGAUGCAGGAGAUGAAGAACGAGAAGAAGAGCUAGGAGAGAUUCCUCUACCUAAUGUGAUGGAAACAGCCUUUUAUUUUGAACAGGGUGGAAUUGGCUUGAGCAGAGAUGAAACCUAUCUCAUAUUUCUUGCCCUUAAAAAACUUGUUAGCGUUCAGCCAAUCCAGACCUGUCGCUUCUGGGGCAGGAUUCUGGGCCGGGAGAAGAACUAUAUUAUAGCUGAAGUUCAGUUCCGUGAGGGGGAAGAGGAGGAGGAAACAGAAGAGGAAGAGGUUAUUGACGAAGGAGAUAAAAGAAUGGAUGAGGUUGAAGAUGAAGAUGAGGAAAAAGAAAAAAAUGAACCACCAAAGUCUACCUAUAAGCCCCCACCUGUCAUUCCAAAAGAAGAAAAUGGAACUGGGGCUAAUAAACAUGUCUACUUUGUUUGUAAUGAGCCAGGCGAACCCUGGGUGAAGUUGCCACCAGUGACACCAGCACAGAUUGUCUGUGCCAGGAAAAUCAAGAAGUUUUUCACUGGUAGGCUUGAUGCUCCCAUUGUGAGCUUCCCGCCUUUCCCUGGAAAUGAAGCCAAUUACCUGCGUGCACAGAUAGCUCGCAUCUCAGCAGGAACCCAUGUCAGUCCCCUUGGAUAUUACCGGUUUUCAGAGGAAGAAGGAGAUGAGGAUGAGGAAGGAGGAGGAGGAAGAGAUGACUACGAGGAAAACCCUGAUUUUGAACCUCUUUCUGCAUUUGAAAUGGUGGAGUCUCUGUCUACAUGGGUACACCAUGUACCGAGUAUUUUGAAGCAGGGUCGCUGUGUUUGGUUUAACCCUUUACAAAAAACAGAGGAAGAAGAAGGUGAAGAGGAGGAGGAGGAGAAGGAUGAGGUGCCAGAUGAACUACAGCAAGAAACAGGACCUCCUCUUCUCACUCCACUCUCUGAAGAUGAAGGAAUUCAAAACAUCCCUGCUUGGACAGUUUCACUUUCUACAAGGCUGAUCCCUCAAUAUGCUGUUGCAAUCCUUCGGUCGAACCGAUGGCCUGGAGCAUAUGCUUUUGCAUGUGGCACGAAAUUCGGCAAUAUCUACUUUGGUUGGGGGCACAAAUACAGCCUAGGAAACCACACACCUGCACUGCCUCCACCUGUGCAGCCCGAGUACCCCAAUGGGCCGGAGAUCAGGGAGGCUGCAGACCCCACGGUGGAAGAGGAGCUGGCUUUCAAGGCUGCACAGGAACAAAAAGCCCUAGAAGGCAUGGAAGGAGAGGAGGAGGAAGAGGAGGAAGAAUUUGAGGAGGAUGAAGAGGAGGAGGAGGAGGAUGAUUAAAAUAUAGGGGAAAAAAAUGCUUCAAAAAUUUAAACACUAGUUUAAUAGGAGGAUGAUUAAAAACACUUUUUUCCUCUGUAUUUAAAAGUUCAAACAUUUAGUUUAUUAGUUUAAUAAAGCAAUUGUAAGGUAUUUGCUGUUGAA